AUGGAGGGAUCACGGGAUUCGGAGGCUAAAGGGGAAGUCAGGGUGGCGAGGGACGAGGGGACGCAGGAGAAUGGGAUUGCAGCGAUCGGACUGCCGAGCGCGGAGCUUGAUCGUGCGGAAGAGCCAGGGGGGGACGCGGGGGCCGCGGAAACGUCACUUUCGGAAGCAGGGAAUGCGGAAACGUUAAGAGCACGGGAAGCGGAAGCGCCACGGGCGGAAGCAGGGGAAGUGGACGCACCGCAAGCGGAAGCAGGGGAAGCAGAGAUACUAAAAGCGGAAGCAGAGGAAGCGGAAACACCACAGGCGGAAGCAGGGGAAGCGGAAACACCACAGGCGGAAGCAGGGGAAGCGGAAACACCACAGGCGGAAGCAGAGGAAAGGGUUGGCUGCGGUGCAACAGCUGAUGACGUGGCGAAGGCCGUAGCCGUUGAUGACGUGGCGAAGGCUGUGGCAGCUGAUGACGUGGCUAAGGCUGCGUCAGCCGACGCUUGUCAAACGUCAGUCACACCAGCAGGUGAAAGUAUAGCGCUUCGAGAAGGCAAAGGUUUAGGUGUAGCAGUAGACGAGACUGUAGUUGUCGACGCGGAUCAUACUAUAACGAGUAUUCCGGAUUCUGCUGUUACCGUAGGUCUAGAAGAGAGCAAUUCGGUAACCGUAGGUGUAGAGGAGAGUGUAGCGGUUGGAGAGAGUGAUGUUGUAGCUGUAGCAGCAGGCGAGGACGUGGUUACCACAGGUAGUGGGCCUGUUACAUCUGUUACAGGUGCAGCAGUAGGUGUAGCAGCAGGAGCGGCUGUAGUAACAGGAGCAGCUGUAGCGACAGAAGAGGCUGAUUCCAUGGAUAUAGCAGCAGUAGAUGCUGCUGCUGCUGCUGCUGCUGCUGCUGCUGCUGCUACUGCUGGGUCUCCUCGUUCGCCUGUGGUGGCACCUCCUGAUACUGAGCCCACCACUUCCAGUCCUUCUCAAAUGGCAUUUUCUGAAGCCGAACCUGCCUGUCCGAACCUGACACCUAGGCUCGGCGUGCCCAGGCUCGUGCUGCCCAGGGUCGGAUCUGGAGCGGGAAGGAGUGCGGCCGAGGGGCAAAGGGCGGACGAGACACGUUUAGCAGCAGAGGAACGGGGAGAGAGAAGAGCGGGGGAAGCAGAGAGGUUGGACGGAAGGGAGAUGGAAGGGUUAGGGGAUCUUAGCCCGAGCUCUUUCUCUUCUACCCCAGGUGUACAGUCACACAGCGUACAGUCACGCGGCGUACAGUCACAUCCCACGGACUCCCCCUCUCCUCAGCCCCGUGUGCCUCACUCACACACCCACCCCUCGAUCCACUCUUUUGCUCCCCCGGACUCUCCUUUUGAGACAUCUCCGAUUCUGUCCUCUGAACCGCGCGUGCCACACUCACACACACACCCAUCGCAUCCCCCUUUCCUUCAUCCAGACUCCCCCUCCUCCCCUCAGCCGCCCGUGCCGCAUUCGCACACUCACCCGUCGCGCGCACACCCCCAAUCCCACCACUCCCAAUCCCCCCACCCCCAAUCCGUGCACUCUCAAUCCCUGCAUUCUCAAUCCCACCACUCCCAAGCCUCCCGCUCCCAAUCCUCUCACUCUCUUCCCGAUGCUGCUCCCGCAUCCUCCCCCCCUCCUGCUGCCACCACUCCUAGGAGCCCCCCUUCCGUCUCCCCCGUUGCCCCAAACCGUCGCUCCGCGCCUUCCUCUCGCCAUCCUCGUUACAAUCCCUCUCUGAACCCCGCUCCUUCGCGCCCACAUUCCCCCGUUAUAGGAACGUUCUCCUGGGGCGCGACUUAUAGCGGGUUCCGCCCCCCAGUUGCGCCCUCUAGGUCCGCGCGCACCCCCCCGUCCGCGCUGGGGGGGGGAGAUGCGGGGAGAGGAGGAGAGGGGGGAAGAGGCGAGGGAAGGAGGUCAGGGUCACGGGGAGGGGUUAGUCUGAGCGAUAGGAUAAGGGGGAAGAAAGAAGCAAGAAGAGGAGGGGGGGCAGGCGAAGGGGAUGAGGAAACCGAAGGGGGAACCCGCGCACAAGCCCCGUAUUUAUCAAUUCCCGGGGAGGAUGGCGAGGAGGGGGAUUUACCCUGGAAAUCGGACGCGCCCGAGCCUGAGCUCACACCGCGCUCCAACUCCCUUCCAAACGCCUGCUCCCCAUUCUCCCUGCUCCUGCCUUCAGACAUCAACAGCCCGAAAUGGGCCGGCCGCGGUACCGGCAGUGGGAGAGGGCUGGGGAGUGGGUUAGGAGGAGUGGGGAGCAGCAGCAGCAGGCAGAGCGGUCAGUCUAGAUACAGCCGGGGGCAGGGGCAAGCUCAAGGGGAGGAACUCCUUGGGGUUGGGGAUAGCCCGGCCUGCUACAGCCCGGGCGGCAGCACCCGGAGGCCUGCUACAGCCGGGCCGCUGGGGGACGCAGCGGAGUCUGCUACAGCAGGUGGGUCUGUAGCUGGGACGCCUGUGGCCGGAACCCCCACUGCUCGCACGCCCACGUUUGGGAGGAGGUUGAGGAGGCAAAGGGGGCCGUCUUUUGGCGGGUCUUCGGAGCUGCUGGGGAUUAUGGGGAAAGGGGCGCUUAAGAAGGGGCUUGCUGCUGGGCUGAAGAGUGUCCAGAGGUGGCGAGAAGGAGGGAGUGGAGGGGGGAGUGAUGUGGAGUGGGAGGGGGAGGGGGGGUGGGCGGGGGAGGGUUUUGAUUCGCCGAGAACGGGGGAUAGUGGGAAGAGGGGAGGGGGAGGAGAGGAGGGGGGGUCCGAACCAGGGACUGGUGGUGCUGCUGGUGCUCUUGCUGCUGGUGGUAGCGGGAGCAGCAGGUCAGGAAGAAGGUCUCUUUUGUCGAGCUUUCUUUCGGACUCAUCAGACAAAGACAAGGACAGGGAUAGGCCUGGGUCCGCGUCUAAGAGGAGUCGUCUCCGAAGCAGCAGCUUUGGCUCGUUACCCUCCCCCGGGGGUGCUGGUGCGGGCGCAGGUUCGGGUGCUGGUUCGGGUGCGGGCGGCGGUGCUUCGGGUGGUGGUGGUGCUGCCGGCGGCGGUGUGAGCAGAAGCAGCUUUGGUUCCAGUCACGAUGGGGAAGAGGAUGGGGAGGAUUCAGAGGAUUUGGCACAGGAAGGAAAGCUAUGGGAGCAGCUAGAGGAGAAAUACCAGGAACCUCUCUCUGCUGAAGCUGCUGCUGCCGCCGCUGCAGCUGCUGCCGCUGCUGCUGCCUCUCCUGGUGCUGGUGGUGGUGGUUUUGGUGGUGGUGCUACCCCUAAUGCACCGUCACCAAGUGGCGCCUCCCCCUCUCUCGCUAUGGCGCUCACUCGGAGCAUGUCUCUGUCUCGAAACAGGGCUCUUUCCAGAGGCAUGUCUAUGGUGGCUAGCCGUAGCAGUAGCAGGGAGGCAGCGGAUGGAGGGGAGACGGGUGGUGGCAGUGGGGUGGGAGACGGGGAGGGGGAGAAGGCAGGGGGUGGUAGGCAGGGGCGGGCGGCUGGGAGGGCGGCUUUACCUAGGCCUAAGAAGAAACGGUGGAUGAGGAGAGAUGUUAUAAAGGAGGAGACGAAGGAGGAGAUUGAGGAGGAGAGGGAAGAGACGGAGGAGAAGCAGCAGGGUGGGUCUGUGGAGGCAGGGGAGGGGCAGGGAGGGGAGAAGGAGGAGGGAGUACUGGUAGGGAGUGGGGAUGCUGAGGAGGAACGGAGGAAUGAGGAGGUGAGGAGGAUUCUGCGUAGCUUGGCAGGUGGAGAGGGAGGAGGAGCAGAAGGAGAAGGAGGGGGAGGAGGAGGGGGAGGGGGAGGAGGGGAGGAAGAGGAGGAGAAACGGCCGUCUCUGGCGGUGAUGUUUCAGCGGUCUAUAAGCCUGAGGCUGGCACCUGGGGAGAGGCUAGGAGGAGGAGGAGUUGUAGGAGGGGGAGGAGGAGGUGGUGGGAGGCGAGAUGGUGGAGGGGAGAAGUUAGGAGUCAUGGAUGCUUUUAGAAGGCAGGUCACGCUGAGAAGCAGGCAUGAACGGAUUGAGGAGGAGGCGGCGGGUGGAGAGCGGUUGGGAGGGAUGGAGUUGAGAAAGCAGGUGACGUGGAGAGGGGACGGGAGGAGAGGCGAGGGGAGGAGGGGUGUGCUCGGUUUCAGGAGUCUUGCUGCUGCGGUUGCUGCGCUGGUGGGAGUGGGAGGGCGUGAGGUGAAACACGGGAGUGGGGAGGGUUUGGGGGAGGAGGGUAAGGGGAGUGGAGAGGGUAUGACUGGGAUGGGUCAGAGAGAGGAGAGUGAGGGUGAGGAGGGACGGAAGGAUGGGGAGGAGAGUAGUGAUGAUGAUGGAGGGAGAGAGACUUUGGGGGAGGAGGAAGGGAGGGAAGGGGAGGGAGGGAGGGAGGGGGAUGGAGGGGAGGAAGGGGAGAGAGGGGAGGAAAGGAAGGGGGAAGGGGUUAGGGAGGAGGUAAAUGAGGAAGGUAAGAUGGACGAGGGUGCUGGUGCUGGUGCUGGCGGGGUGAGGGAUUUGGGAGAAGGAGGAGAAAGGAAGGUGGAACCUGCAAUGGAAGUGACGGGAGAGGGGGCAGCAGGGCUAGAACUCACUCCCACUCUCACUCCCUCACUCAAUCCCACAAUCACUCCCUCACUCACUCCCACACUCACUCCCACAAUCACUCCAACGCGCACCCCCAGCAGCAGUGCCCGGUUGACUGGCGUUGACUCGGCCACACUGGCCCAAGUGUCUGCUGUUGAGUCAGCUCAGUCGUUGACUGACGUUGACUCGGCCACAGUGGCCCAAGGGUCUGCCCUUGAGUCAACUCAGACGUUGACUGGCGUUGACUCGUCUACUCUGGACCACGGUUCUGAUGGUUCCCCUCUAGGGCUGUCCAGAGGGGGAAGUUUCCACCAGCCUUCCCCAAGAGAAGGCUCCCCAUUGGCGGACAAUCAGGAAACGAGCUUCCAGCAACGAGAGCAGGGGCAGGAGCAGGAGCAGGAGCAGCAGCAGCAGCAGCAGCAAGAGAAGCAGGAAGAGGGAAAAUCGGAGAAUCAGCAGCAAACAGAGGAGAAUAAACAGCAGCAGCAGGCACCAGGGAGGGCACAGCGGCUGUUGGUAAGGCACCACUCUCUAAGCAGCAGGGCACUAGACGCUGCCAAUCAGAGAGUAGGAGCAGUGGAGGGAGCAGGGGAAGGAGCGGGAGGAGAGGGAGAUGUGGGUGGGUUGGAAGAGGAGGGUGAUAGUGAGGGUGGUGUGGCCGGGGUGGUUCGGGCGAGGCCUGGGGGGGGAGCAGCAGGAGUUUCGUUCUACUCGUUUGACCGGCAUCGAAUGGGGCUGGCUGCAAUGGAAGCGAAGAAGAGGGGGUGGAGAGGGGCGGAUAGAUUAACGGUGGAGGGAGGGGCUGAGACGUGGGGGGCGGAGGGAGGGGCGGAGGUGUGGAGACCGGAGGGAGGUGCUGAGGUGUGGGGGGAGGGCGCAGAGGCGAGUGAAAGGGGUGAGAGAUGGGUGGGAGAAACGGAAUUUACACAACCGCAUGAGGGGUGGAGGGGGCCUGAGGAUGAAUAUGAUGGUGAAAGGCAGGUCUUGGGGACCCACACGUUGCAGUAUGGGGUGGUUCAUGCAGAGCAGUAUGGGGUGGUUCAUGCAGAGCAGUAUGGGAUGGUUCAUGCAGAGCAGUAUGGGGAGCAGUAUGGGGAAGGAUACGGGGAGCAGGAGAAUUAUCAGGUGCAGUAUGAGGGGCAGUAUCAGGAGCAUUAUCAGGAGACUUAUCAGGAGGAUUAUCAGGAGCAGGAGCAAUUUCAGGGGUAUCAUGAGGAGGAGUAUGGGGAGCAGGUGUAUUAUGAGGGGCAGAGGAGGCAGGGGCGGCAGGUGGUUGAGCAGGAGUAUAUGGAAAGGGGGCAGUACGGGCAGCAGCUGGCAUUUGAGGGGCAGCAAUUCGGGCAGGAGCAGCCGUUUGAGGAGGGGGAGUUCGGGCAGCAGCCGCCUUUUGACGGGCAGCAGUUCGGGCAGGGGUAUGAAGAAGCCGGAGGGCAGGGGUAUGACGAGGCAGGAGGUCAGGGGUAUGGGCGGGAGGGUCAGUCAGAGAAGCAGCAGCGCCAGUGGCAGCAGCAGCAGCAGCAGCAGUGGCAGCGAGAGAAGGAGAAGGGGAAGGGUAAAGCAGCAUUGGAUGAGUGGGAGUUUGUGUUGCAGAAGAGUGGAACUAGAAGUCCAAUGGGGGGGAGUAUGCUGGCAGGAGGGCAGGGCGGGAGCGGAAGGGGGGGUGAGGAGAGAGGAGGGGUAGAGAGGGGUGGAGAGAGGGGAGGAGAGAGGGGAGGAUGGAUGGGAGGAGAGAGAGGGGGAGAAGUGGAGCGAGAUGAGUUGGAGGGACAAGGGGAGAGGCAAGGGGAUGGGCAAGGGGAGGGGCAAGGGGAUGGUGAGGGGAGGUCGACAUACUGGGUAAAGCUUCGGCCUGAUGAGGAGGAAUUUCGUGAGAGGGAAUUUCGUGAGAGGGAAUUUCGUGAGAGGGAAUUUCGUGAGAGGGAAUUUCGUGAGAGGGAAUUUCGUGAGAGGGAAUUUCGUGAGAGGGAAUUUCGUGAGAGGGAAUUUCGUGAGAGUCAGUUUCGAGAGAAGCAGUUUGCUGCUAGCUCUCAUGGGAGUGAGAGGAGUGUGGGUAGAGAGUCUGAUUUCGAGCGGGCGGAAGAUUUUGAGAGAGGAUCAGAGUAUGAAAGGGCAUCUGAGUAUGAAGAAGCAGCAGAAUAUGAAAGGGGAUCUGAGUAUGAGAGAGAUGGGUAUUCGGAGCGGGAGGGAGAGGAGAGGGAUGCAGGGGAGAGAGGUGCGAGGGCUUAUGAGGAGAGAGAGGAGGAAGGGGAGGAGAGGGAGGAGAGGGAGGAGUUUGUAGAUGAUGAGGAGUUUCAAGAUUUGAUCGAUGGCAGUGGUGGUGGUGGUGGUGCUAGUGGUGUGGGGAUGACACACAAAAGACAGGUUUGUAGGAGAGAGAGGAAGAGGGAGGAGAGGGAUGAGUUUGUAGGUGAUGAUGAGGAGUUUCGAGUGUUGAUCGAUGGCAGUGCUGCUGCUGCUGGUGGCGGUGCUGGUGGUGAGGGGAUGAUAGAUGAAAGGCAGUUGCUGCACUCCCCACACGAAUUGCCCCACUCCCCACACGAAUUGCCCCACUCCCCACAGCAGCUUCAGCACUCGCCGCAUUCCCAUUCCUCCUCUCGCUCCCCAUCCUCUCGCCACAGUCACUCUCUCUCCCCGAGUCCCCAUACCAGCUCAGCCCGCGCUUACCGAACCAGUUUUGGUCCGGGCAACGCCAUACCUGGGACACAGGUUCGGGGAAAGGUGUACAGGUCCGGUUCGGAGGGUGAAGUGCUGGGGUAUGGGGAUGACAGCGACGGGUAUAGCAGUGAUUCCAAGGGCCAUUCCGACCACGAAAGGCAGCAGCAGCUGCAGCAGCUACAGCAGCAGCAACUUAUAGCAAACCAACAGCAGCAACAGCAGCAAUCGCAGCAGCAACAGCAGCAAUCGCAGCAGCAAUCGCAGCAGCAACAGCAGCGGCUUCCCGUUCGUCGCAGCCAAACCGAGAUGAAGCGCCCCUUGCUGCUGCCCCGCCCUGCUCCUGGGAAGAGCUUUGCUGCUGCUUCUGCUGCUGGUUCGGCAGUUGGUUCGGCGGUCGGGAAGGCAUCAGGCUCGUUUGAAGCAGGCGCGUUCCCCCGUUCCUCCUCUCUGGGUUCCGACCCUCAGGAGCCAGGAGGAGCAGGAGCAGGAGCAGGAGCAGGAGCAGGAGGAGGAGGAGGAGCAGGACAGUCCAGUGGGCACCAGACGUUCCAGCGCAGCUUCACGGACAGAAGACGGCCCAUCCUCCCUCCCCACCCUGUUGCCACUGCUGCUGUUCCCCGCGUUUCUGCAAGAGAGUGGCUGGCAGGAGCAGCACCAGGAGCAGCACCAGGAGCAGCACCAGGAGCAGCGCCAGGAGCAGCACCAGGAGCCCCGAUAAGCCCCGCUGCAGUAGCAUUCCACCCGCAGUCUCAGUCUAAUGCGGCCCAGCCUGUCUACCCCCAGGUCAGUGGUCCCCACACAUUUCAGCGCAGCUUUACGGAUCGAAGGCGGCCCGUCCCUCCUCCGUACGCUGCCGCUCCUGCUCCCGCUCCCCCUGGUGGUGCUGUUCCCCGUGUGUCUGCACGAGAGUGGCUGACAGGAGAAGCAGCAGCAGCAGCGGUCGCAGCAGCAGCAGCAGCAGGCAAUCCAGCAACCCAACCUCCACACCCCCGUGAUCCCAGUCCUUUGAGCGGUCCCUUGGCUCCCCGUGCUCCCCGCCAGUUCCAGCGUAGCUUGACUGAUCGACGGGGGGCGCCGCCUGCCUUUGUUCCCGCUCCUGCUGCUGCCCUUUCUGCUAGAGACUGGAUAGCAGGAGGAGGAGCAGCAGCAGCAGCAGCAGCACCACAUCACCCUCAGCCCAGUGCUCCCCAUGCUGCCCGUGCCGCCAGUGCUCCACGGCAAUUCCAGCGAAGCUUGACCGAUCGGCGAAGGCCCGCUGCGACCCUCGCUCCUGCCCCACCCGCCCCUGCUGUUAUAUCCGCUAAAGACUGGAUAGCUGGGGCGAGAGUGGGGUUGUCGGCAGGACGAGAGAGAGGAGGUGGGGUAGGGGCUGGGGGGAAGCGGCUGGUGGGAGGGCGGCGGUUACAGAGACAGAUGUCGGAGAGGACGUUUAGGGAAGGGGGGAGGAGCGGGUGGGAGAGUGGUGGGGAGGCGAGAGGUGGUGGCGGGGACUUGUGGGGUGAUGCUGCUGCUGCUGCUGCAGCAGCUGGUGGUAGUGUUGGUGGUGGUGCUGGUUUUGAGACUUCUGGGUUUGAAAGGCCUCAAGGCUCGGAUAGGAGGGCUGGCCCCAGCAGGUUGUCUCGGGGCGAUUCGCUUGGUAAGGCCGCAGCAGCUGCUCUUGCUGCUGGUGGUGCUGGUGAAACCAUGAUCACUGGAGCUGCAUUUGUCGCAGCAGCAGCUGGUGGUGGUGCUGGUGAUGCUUCUGACUUCUAUCGCAGCAACUCCUUAAGGAGGAUGAACCGGCCGCCCAAGGACUCGGUGGCUAGACCAGCAGGUGCUUCUGGUGGCGGUAACCUGCCUCGUAACGACUCGCUGGGAAGGGGCGCAAGCGGUGAAAGGAAUACCGCGCCAUCAACAUCCUUCCGCGCGCCGUUCUCCCCCGCGCCAUCAUUCUUCCGCGCGCAGUGGCUUUUCCCCGGAGACGUGGCAUCCGCGCACGCGGCGCCCAUGAGCGUGCUGGAUGUCUUCCGCCCGUCGUGCCCGCUUCCGCCCAUGAGCGGACCCUCCGGUGGGUGGAAUAGGUGGAGCGAUGUGACUGUAUGGGGGGCGGCUUUCAAGAGCAGCAGGGACCCCCCAGGGGUGCGGUCAAGAGCAGGGGGGAACGUGACUAUACCCUGUGGCAUGGCUGUGCUGCUGGACGUGGCUAAUGUGUCCCUCGAUACUCUACACGUGCAUGGAUGGCUCAAGCUUUUGGACGACAAGCCACGGUUACCACGCAUCGAGAUCCGCGCCAACUUCAUCAUAGUCACUGGGCGGCUGACGGUGGGAGAAAAGGACAAGCAGUUUGCCGCCCAGGCACUGUUCACGCUCACGCCCAACAGCGGGCGGCAGAGGAGGGAGUAUGGCUUCACGCUAUUCCCCCCGGCCGAACCCGCCUUUCCCAGGCCUCUGGGCCACAAGGUGUUUGCGGUGGUGAGUAGUGGUGCUGCGAAUGGGGCAUUUCAACGUGUCUGCAUGCAUGCAUGUGCUGCUGAGUUGCCUUGCAUCAACAACUUCAGCGCGGGUGGCAGGCAGAAAAACGAGUAUGCCUUCACAUCACACUUUCCCCCCCAGCCCGGCCGACCCCCUCUUUCAAUAUCACACUCUUUACUCUUGCCUCUGGGGCACAUGGUGUUUGCCGUGGUCGGAGGGCAGGUGGACUUGCACGGCCUCCCAGGCCCGCCCUCCAUGCCGGUGUGGGUGUGCUUGAAUAAGACGGCGACCGCGGGCCAGACAGAGAUCGUGGUGGACGCUGACGUCAGCACAUGGCCGGUGGGCGGCGAGAUCGCGAUCGCGUCUACGAGUGCCAAGAUGGACGAAGCCGAGAAGGCGGUGAUUGCGGGAGGUGAGUAUGGGUGUAGUGCGUCGCCCCCCACUCUCAGGGCUAUCGCGUACCCUUCAAGACCCCCUUCAAGUACUCCCAAGGCAUUGUCGGACGGGUUUGAGUACCCCCUUUUUAUCUCAACCCAUCCUGCCAUUUUCUUCCCCCUUCAACCCCCAGUUUCCCACAUAACACUCACCACCCUCCUCAAGUACUCUCACGAUGGCAAUCCCAAGGCCGUGCCAGACGGGUUUGGAGGGGCGGUGGACGUGAGUGGAGAGGGCUACCGCAUAUUGCUUUCAGCCCCCCUAAAGUAUUCCCACGACGGCAAUCCCAAGGCUGUGCCGGACGGGUUUGGAGGGGUGGUGGACGUGAGAGGAGAGGUGGGGCUGCUGCACCGGAACAUCGUGAUCUACGGAGUGCAUGAGACGGGGAAAUACGAGCUGGAAGGAGGUCACUUCAUGGUCUUCAUGACCCAAACCCCUCAAUUCAUCGAAGGAGUUCAGUUUUCCUACAUGGGGCAGCAGGGCGUGCUGGGGCGGUACCCUCUGCACUUCCACGUGUGUGGGGAGGCGAAUCAGAGCCACAUCGUGCGCAAGAAUGCCAUCGUGUAUAGCAAGCAGCGGUGUGUGGUGAUUCACGCCACGAGCAACAUGACGAUUGAAGACACGGUGACGUUCGAGAGCAAGGGGCACUGCUUUAUCGUGGAGGAGGGGUCGGAAAACAACAACGUUUUCAAGAGGAACCUGGGGAUCAGCGUGAGGAAAGUGAAGGUGGUUAUCCCCUCUAAAGAGUCGUACGAUAAGCACACGGACGACAAGCCAAGCACAUUCUGGAUGGCCAACCCCAACAACGACUACAUUGAUAACGUGGCAGCUGGGUCGGAGGACUCGGGGUACUGGACGGAGCUUAAAGAGGGGAUGAGGGGUCUGUCCCAGCUCUUACCCAACGCCCGCAACAUGCACCCUAUAGAAACCAAGUUUGGCCUUUACUCGGGGAAUGUGGCACAUUCAGCCAAGUUUGGGUUCCGCUCCUACCCCCACGGCAUGUUCCCCUACGCUCCUGGUGCUAGGAUGACCCUAUCCAAUUUCCUCAUCUACCGCAAUGAAGUUGGCAUGUUUGUGCACAUCACGCGUCUCAUGACCAUCCAAUCGUCCACAUUCAUUGACAAUGGUUUGUCCAUCCAUGUCAAGACAGACACGGGCAUCGUUGUGGAUCGGUGCCAGUUCAUCGGCCGCACUCAAGCCUGCCCUGCUGCGGGGAGGUUCUCCUCCUUUGGCAUGUGUAGAGCUGCCAGCCCCGCUAUAAUGCUCACUCAUGAACCCAUCCCCUCCUAUAACCCCCCCCCCCUGUUUUCGUCCUUUGGCACGUGCAGAGCAGCCAGCCCCGCUAUAAUGCUCACCACUAACCCGUAUGGUGGAUUCUGGACUCCCUCCACUGCUGUAGAGGGCCUACGUUUUGCCAAUGAUACCAACAGGCUCUGGGCCUCACCCAACCCAACCUCUGGCUACAUUCGAUCCGGUGCCCAGCUUGCCAACUUCUAUGCCCUCUGGGACUUAGAUGGGUCUUUGCUGGGAAGCAGCAGCAGCAGCAGCAGCAGCAUUAGCAGUUCCUCUAGACCCUCUUCCACUGCCUCUGGUUUCGGCUUUGCAAUAGCUCCGUUCGAUCCCAUUCUCCCACCUCUCUCUCUCCGCUCCUCCCCUUCCUUCGCCUGCUCCUACCAACCCUCCUGGUCCGCCCAUACCUGCACCGGACCUGCCGCCUGCUUCCGAUCCUUCGCUCUUUUCUACAACGAAUCAGUCACCAAGGAUCAGACCGCGAAUCUAGGAAAGGACAAGAAUCGCCGCCCGUACAGCUACGUUACUUUCACGCGGUUACAGGAUAACGCGACGUUCGUCUCGGUGGGAUCGGAUAAUGAUUACGAUGACGAUUUCCCCAAACGGUACGGCACGUCUCGGCCGCUUCUGCGGCAGGUCACUGCGACGCUACUGGCUGGAUUCUCGUACCGGGUGACGAUCCAACGGUCGGAAGUCGGCCCUGGGUUUUUCUACCCUUCGACUGUGCAGCUGAUGGUGCUGGAUGUCAGGGGCUGCACUGGAGGGCUGACAGUAAUAAUGGACACUCCAUCAAACUCGCAGGAUAAGCAAUGGAGCGUGGUGUCUAAUAACCCUGAAGCGUAA